UCCAGAUUUACCUUUUCAUUAUUCUGGAUCCAGUUAGUUUCUUUGCUUGUCCAGCUGGCUAAGUUGGCUCUAACCCCAGAAGCUGUGGCGACCGUGUUGAUUUUUAUUAUUAUGCAUGCUUUACUUUCUACAUAUUUAGGUUUGCAUGAUUUCUUCCUCCUUCUUUGGCAACCAGCAUUUCAGCUCUGUUGUUUCAUGCUCUUUCUGUUCGUGAGGAUUAUUCACAAAGUCAUUAACUGCUACUGUAAAGUUAACUGAGUCUGUUUUUGUUUAAUUUUGUGAAGCUAAAACUCAUAAAGCCUGUCUAAGCCGAAUAUGCUUUGUUAAAAAGAACCCAGAUCCACAAAAAAACGUGGGUGGGUGGUGGGGGGUCAAGAGUCUAUCCCAGCGCUCAGUGGGCGAAAGGCAGGAAACACCCUGGACAGGUCGCCGGUCCAUCAUAGGGCAUGUUGUUAUUCAUGAUGCAUAAUAAGCGUGGCAAUCAGGUGUAAAGCAUUUUUAUAACUACCAUGUUUAUGAUGCCUUAUGAAGCCAUUAUAAUGCGUCACAAAUAAGUUUAUAGGUUCUUAUAGACACGGUAUUCAUAGAAAGUUUAAUCAUGCAAAUGGUUCGCUGAGUGUUCAUGGUUCUAUACAGAUCCAUUGUCUUUACUAAAGAACACUUGAAGAACCAUCUUUUUAAAGAGUGUACAGAACCAGAACAGGGAAGGAGCAGGACAGGAGAACUGCUGCUGUACAGUACAGUGCAUUUUCAUAUAGAUUUCUAAGGCUUUGAAUCCACCUAGUGGACAACACGAGCUCUGAUAUUAUACCUUUUCAGAGUUGUGGUGAUACUGAUAUAAUAAAAUGGAUGUUCCCCAAAUCAAGGCUACAUUCAAAUGAAAAGUCUUAUUGUUCAGUUCUGGUUUUUGCCAUGAUAGACAUCUUUGUAAGUGACCCAUAUAGAAAGAAAUAAAAGCAGAAAUUGUUCUGCUGAAAGACCAGAAGUGGACAGAAGUGGGUUUCAUUUGCUACUGAAAGCCAGAAGUAGACAGGUGUGGUUUUCCUGUUAUUUAGUGACCUCCUUUCUGACUCUGUGUUUAAAGUAAGCGUCUCGAUGCUCUCUUUGCAUCUGGUGGUGGUGAAAUGGCUCUGUUCAUCCUCAUCUCGUUCCAUCUGAUUCUGCAAGUUCAGCUACAAAAUGUUCCUCAGCCUGAGCUCUCAGUGUCUCCUGCAGUUCUCACACAGAGAGGGUCAGUACAGCUGGACUGUAAGACUCUGUAUGCUGGAGUGUCUCAGUGUUAUUUCUAUCCAGAGAGAGAUGAGACAAAUCUAAAACACUCAUCAUCCUGUCAGCUCUCACUCACUGGCUCUGAAAUGACCAAGUGGACAGGACGCAGUUACAGGUCACCUAAAUCAGUCAACAUUACCUGCUACUACAUUGUGGAUGAAUUCAGAACUCAAGAUGAAUCUCCUCACUCUCUACCAGCUCCAGUCACAAUCCUGGUCCUGGAUGCUCCUCAGCUCUCAGUGUUCACUUCAGGGAGAAGCUCUGUACAGCUGAGCUGCACACCUACAUAUGUUGGAGUCUCUCUGUGUUAUUUCUAUCCAGAAGGACAUCAGAGAGAUUUAAAGUUUCCAUCCUGUCAGCUCUCACUCACUGGAGCUGAACUGACCACAUGGGCUGGACACAGUUACAGUUCACUCCAACCCGUCAACGUUAUUUGCUACUACUCUGUGAAAAUAUCAGAUAGACAGCUUCUGUCUCCUCACUCUCUCCCAGCUCCAGUGAGAAUACUGGAUAAGAAACCAACAGUGACAGUCAGUCAUGAUGAUCAACGUCAUGAGUUCACUCUUGUGUGUGAAAUAUCACUGUCACUCAGCGCUGAUGUUGGGUGUGAUUUCUACAUUGGGGAUGAGAAGUUAAAGUGGACGAUGUCUCACAGGACGAGAUCUGGAUCACUGGCUUGUAGAUUUACAGCUCAUAAGGAUUUUCUGUUCAGUCGUAUGAAAUCAGCGAAGAGCAGAGAAGUGAGCUGUGAUUAUUCACUGAACUCUGACCAAACCGUCCACUCUCCACUCAGUGACUCAUACAGCCUCACACAACUGCCUCCUUUACCAACUCCAACUUUACCAACACAACUGAUAAAACCAGAAUCCACCACAGAAGUUUCAUAUACUGUGGCCACACUCCCCGCUGAAACCACAACAGACGGUGAGUUUCUGCAUUGUUCUGUGUUGCUGAAGUGA